AUGAAACAAUCAAUAAUCAUUUUAUCAACUUUAUUCUUUGUUCUAAUGUUGCAUGUGGUCCAUACGAAUAAUCAAACAUUAAGUGAUUAAUAGCUAAGACUACUCUUAAAGCAAAUCCAAAAAGUUGAAUCUGAUAUCGAAUAUGCUAAAUUCAUUUUAGAUUAAGUAAUUGGAGAAAUGAGAGUGAAAAGUAUUGAUGAAGACACUAUUCGUGAAGCAAAUAGAUUAUUGCCAAAUGUGUCAAAAUAAAAUCAAUAACGUAAUCAGCCAAUAAAUUUUAGUCUUAAUCCUUAAGCCUAAUCCUUAAAAGAUCGAUAGAGUGGAAAACCUUAUAAAAAUAUUGAACCCAACGUUUAAUUCAAAACACUAUAUAUACAUGAUGAUGGAACUGAUCGUAAAAAUGAUGAGAGAAUCAAUGAAUUUGAUCAUAUAGAGAGCCCUAUUAAUGAUUUUACUUUCAUAAAUGUAAUGGGCUUUGGGCACCACAAAAAGAAUAAGAAAUAGAUUAAGAGCAAGAAAACAAAAUAAUCAGACAAGCAUAUUGAAAAGAUUAAAGUUGAAUAUGGGUAUUGA